AUGAGGAUGUGUGACAGAGGAGUCCAGAUGUUGAUCACUACUGUGGGAGCCUUCGCAGCGUUUAGUUUAAUGACCAUUGCAGUGGGCACGGACUACUGGUUAUAUUCCAGAGGUGUGUGCAGGACUAAAUCUACAAGUGAUAAUGAAACCAGCAGGAAGAAUGAAGAAGUAAUGACCCAUUCCGGGCUGUGGAGGACCUGCUGCCUAGAAGGGACUUUCCGAGGCGUGUGCAAGAAAAUUGAUCACUUCCCCGAAGAUGCUGACUACGAACAGGAUACAGCUGAGUAUCUCCUGCGGGCUGUGAGAGCCUCCAGCGUCUUCCCCAUCCUCAGCGUCACUCUGCUCUUCUUCGGCGGGCUCUGCGUGGCAGCCAGCGAGUUCCACCGCAGCAGACACAAUGUCAUCCUCAGCGCGGGCAUCUUUUUUGUCUCUGCAGGGUUAAGCAACAUCAUCGGCAUCAUAGUUUAUAUAUCAGCCAACGCUGGAGACCCUGGGCAGCGUGACUCCAAAAAGAGCUACUCCUAUGGCUGGUCCUUUUAUUUCGGAGCCUUCUCUUUCAUCAUCGCGGAAAUUGUGGGGGUUGUCGCCGUGCACAUCUAUAUAGAAAAGCAUCAGCAGUUACGUGCCAAAUCCCACUCGGAGCUCCUGAAGAAAUCUACCUUCGCUCGCCUUCCACCCUACAGGUAUAGAUUUCGGAGGCGGUCGAGUUCCCGCUCCACGGAACCCAGAUCCCGAGACCUGUCCCCCAUCAGCAAAGGCUUCCACACCAUCCCUUCCACCGACAUCUCAAUGUUCACCCUCUCCCGGGACCCCUCAAAGAUCACCAUGGGGACCCUCCUCAACUCCGACCGGGACCACGCUUUUCUACAGUUCCACAACUCCACGCCCAAAGAGUUCAAAGAGUCGUUGCAUAAUAAUCCGGCCAACAGGCGCACCACGCCGGUCUGA